CUUCAAUUCAAUCUCUUUCAUCCGACAGAAACAAAAAAAAAAAAACCUAAGUGCUGCUUCAAAACUCCAUAUUCCUCAGCGAGAAGAAAAUCUAUAACUCCGAGAUUGGUCUCACCAAUCUCUCUUUCUAUAUUUAUAUCUCCUCGCUGGGUCUGUUGGAAUAGCAUCUCAAGUCUCAAUGUCGUGGAGGAUUCUCCAUAAUCACUAGGCUUCUCAUCUUUUUCAAUCUCAUGCUCAUAUUCUCUUCACUGUCUAUGGCGUUUACUCUCAUCUCUCAAAAGCUUUGUGUCUUUGGCCCUGUUUUGAAUCCUUCUUUCCCUUACUGCAUCGCCAAUCACUCCUCUGCCUCCCGUUAAUUCCGUUUCUCUAAGCUACAUUAGUCUCCUCCUUCCUUCAGUGUCUACUCUUGAUAUUGUGUGUGAUACUUGCUUUAGACAUUUUAAAGUAUCUUGCUGAGUGAGUUUUCUAGUCUUCUACUUCUACUUGAACUAAAGCUCAGAGCUAUAAUGAUCCAAGACCAGCCAGUGGUUGUAUUCUCUCUCCGGCGUAACUCUUUCAGACGCCGAUCAUCCAUAACCAACCUCGAUGAUAGAGGCUGGACUCCACUCCACAUCAAAUCUCGAAAAGGAGAUCUAAAAUCUGUCAAGCAGCUGCUAGACCAAGGGUUUGAUGUUAACGCUCUAGCGUGGGGACCAAAGUCAAAAGGAGUGUCUCCUCUUCACCUUGCAGCCGAGGGAGGUCACAUUGAAGUCAUGGACUUGCUCCUAGAACGUGGAGCUAAUAUUGAUGCUAGAACUUGGGGCUCAUGUGGGUGGACUCCUCUCCAUGCUGCGGCUAAAGAGAGGAAGAGAGAAGCUGUGAAGUUUCUUGUGGAGAAUGGUGCGUUUUUGCCUGAUGAUAUAAGUGAUACGAGGUUUAAUCCACCGGUGCAUUAUUGUCAUGGAUUGGAAUGGGCGUAUGAGGAGUUGAAGAAGCUUAACAGCGAGUCUUCUUCUUCUGGUGGAGACACAUCUUCCAGUUCUGAGAACUGAGUCUUGUUGCUAUGUUUUUUUUCUUUAAGUCUUGCUUUUGAGAAACUCUCAAGUCAGAAACAUGUUAUCGUUUGCUAUGACAACUCAGAAUGUUAUGGUUUGUACUCUUUGGUUUUUUUGUGUGAAACUAGUGGUAUGCCAUGAUGCAUAAUAAACCUUAUGUGUUUGAUAUUUGAGCUUUGUGUUUGAGAAGGUUUGGUUUUGAUUAACCGGGUUCUGG